AACUGGCAGCAACCAUGGUGUUCGGCAGUGGUCUGGUCCCUCUCGUCCUGCUGUCUCUGACCGGUUUAGAAGCAUUGGUUCUUACCCAAGAGAAAAGGAUUUUUGUAAAUCCUGGACAGGCGGUCAGAAUUUCCUGUGCACCCAGUACAGGCACCUGGUCUAUUACAUGGUACCAGCAGAAGACUGGUAGUGCACCCCGGUACUUACUAUAUGAUUCAAAUCGAGCAUCAGGACUUCCAGCACGGUUUAGAGCAUCAGAGGAGAAUUCUGGAAGAAUGGAAUAUCUUAAACCCGUGGGUACUGCUACUUUUGGUGGAGGCACCAAGCUGGAAGUGGGUAAAGCUACCACCCCACCCUUGAUGACCUUGUUCCCCCCCUCCAAAGAAGAGCUGUCCAGCACUGGCAAGGCCACCCUGCUUUGUUUGGCCCAAGGCUUCUAUCCUGGGUCUUUGAAUGUUUUGUGGGCAGCAGGUGGCAUUACCAAGACAGGGCGCGAAAUCCAGACCAGUGAGGGUGAGCAGCAGUCUGAUGGCAGUUAUCAUCUCAGUAGUUUCUUACAGCUGAGUGCUGAAGAGUGGCAGUCUGGUCAGGAAUUCUCCUGCCAAUUGAGUCACCAAGCCCUGAGUUCCCCCAUGAAGAAGAGUAUCAGCAGUGCAAACUGUGCACAGUAGAAAAAGUGUUACUGAAUUUUCUGCCUUUCUCAUUUUGUGAGAAUCUCUUCUUCUUUACUCAUAGGCUUCUGUUUUAUGCUGUAGUUACGGUACUACUGUACAGCUACUGCUGUUUAGAUUUACAAUGUCCAAUGUGUUUCAUGUUAUGCACACCUUUUUAUUAAAGUUUGUCACAUAGUGGACUCUUUUUU